AUGUGUUCACCAUUAUGCAAUGACGUCGACACUAUUCAAACGUCUACAGUAGUUCACACCACAAUUCAUUCUCCUCAACUUGGCACGGCAGCGAAGUUUGCUAUCCUGGCCGGCAGCACAGUGGCUAAUGCGGGCCUUAAUACACUAGUCACAGGUGACAUUGGUAAUAGUCCAGGUGUGGCUUGUACUGGUUUCAGUAAUCAAAGUUUGAUUGGCACAACAUCGCUGGGGCUAGCUAAAACAGACCUGGAUGUAGCUGUCCAUCAAGCAGCAGAAGCACCGCAAUCUCUAUCCUUGACUGGUGUUGAUCUAGGUGGGCUUACACUGCAACCGGGUGUGUAUACAUUUGCUAGUACAGCAUCAAUAGCUGCACCCAAUGGUCAAUUGACAUUAAGUGGUUCGGGAGUGUUCAUAUUUCAAAUCGGUAGUGCAUUAGGAACAUCACUUAACAGCCAGGUUCUGUUGGUAAAUGGUGCAUUACCACAGUGUGUGUUCUGGUUGAUUGGAAGUAGUGCAGUGUUGGGCAGUGGCUGUAAAUUUCAAGGUAUCCUAAUGGCAUCGGCAUCGAUUGGAUUUAUGGAUGGUGCCUCACUCGUUGGUGCAGCCUAUGCACAAAACGCAGCAGUAACACUAACUAAUAAUGUUAUCACUGUUCAGCCAGCAUGUAAUCUAUAA